GUAGUCCAAAACGCAGCGAUUCCGGCCGGCGACGUCCCGUCUGAGCUUUGAAACGCCGUCGAAGCGGAUGCUCGUUCCUUACAGUCUAAGCUUCUUCGUACAGAUUGACUUCCCGGGUUUGUAUUUAUAAUUGAGUUGAAAUGUUACUUGAGCCGGGGUCUCUUUCAAACAGUCUCCAUAGGUUUGAGUAGGCCAUCUAUGUAGAAGAUGCCGACAGAACAGGUGUGCUCGAGCAGUCAUAAACAAGGUUUAGAAAGUCGAAGAAAAAGUAAAGAGAACAAUACAAAAAAUGGGAUGGAAGGUCUCCACUUUGAGCACAUUGUGAAUAAUGAUGGUGAUGAUGAUAGUAGCAAUAAGAAUAGUAGCAGAAGACUCGGCGGGGACUGUGACGGGAGUUGUCUGGCGAGCGUGGACAUGAAAAAAAGGAAGAGAGAUGUUAACUGCAAUGUUGAUGAAUCACAUGCAGGUUGCCAAGAGAUGAGAAAUUCUGCAGACAGUGAAGAUGAUGCGCAUGUAACUGUAAGUAAGAUGCUGGAAAAUGACAUUGACAUGAAGGCAAAACUCACCGAUGAGUACCAUGAAGAUAGCAUUGAGAUUGUCAGGGUGAAGAAGAAGGAGAAGAAGAAAAGGGAGAAACGGGAGAAGAAUAAUGAUGUCUGUUCAGGCAUGGCAGAUAUUGGCAGAGAUACUUGUGGAGCUACUGAAGAAAAUGAGAAUCCCAGCAUGCAGAAGACAGCUGAAAAUGUUAAUGAGGCUCCUGAAAAGGGUGAAGAAAAAGAUAACAAAUCGGAAUUAGUUCAAGGUAAGUGGUUUUCAGAAGAAGAGGAUGAGAUCAUCAAAAAGGCUGUGUUUAAGUUCAUAGAGAGGCACGAAUUGGGCGAUGAAGGUUUGAACAUGCUUUUAAACAGUCGAUCCUUUCCAAAUCUGAAAGGCUGCUGGAACGAAAUUGGGGCUGCCCUUCCUUCCCGGCCUAAUAAAGCUGUCUACAGCCGCGCUCAAAAGCUGUUUCGGAAAGGUGAUAGCGCUUGGACUGAGGAAGAGUACGAAUUUGUGAGAAAGUACCAAGAAAAACAUGGGAAUCGGUGGACAGAUAUGGCCAACAAACUUGGCAAAUUCGGUGUUCACGUCAUGAACGCAUGGCUCAGAAGAAAGCUACCCAACAGGAAGAAGGGACACUGGUCUCAAGAGGAGUGCCAAGCUCUAUUUGAUUUGGUGAAUAAUGAUCUGCAAUCCAGGGUUUCCAAGGAGAAGAAAUCCAAGCAUGGCAUGCUGCGCGACAAUAUCCGUUGGAUUGAAAUAAGUGACAAAUUGGCAACACGAAGUAACGAUGCGUGUUGUUUGAAAUGGUACUACCAGUUGACAUCACCUAUGGUCGCAGAAGGGAAAUGGACCGAUGCUGAUGAUUAUCGCCUCAUAGAUGCAUUGUAUGAGUUGGAUGCAAGCUGCAUAGAGAACGUGGAUUGGGACAGUCUUCUUGGCCAUAGGUCAGGUGAUGUUACUCUGAAGCGUUGGAGGCAAAUGGUUCGCCACAUUGGUAACCAUGAGAAUAAAUCAUUUGCCGAACAAGUUGAAAUCCUGGCACAAAGGUACUGCCCCUACAUGCUUGAGGCAAGAGAGGCCUGGGAUAGCAAGCCUUAUGUACCCUGAGUUUCUGGUGCCAUCUUUUCACUGCAAAACGUGCAAUACCUUUUUGUGCUCGAAUUUGCAAUUUCAACAAAGUACUCCCUCCCUCCCUUCUUAAUGGUCUCAGUUUCUUAUUUGGAUUGCCCCUAAUUAAUGUUUCCAUUUCUCUUUAAGGAAAUUAUUGCGUGUGCUCCACAUGCUUUCGGUCACGCUGCAUAAAUUUGUGCACUCCAAAGGAUUUCUCUCCCAUUGUAUAAAUUAAUCUUACGCUGUUAGACUUAGGGGCUGUUUGGUAACUUCUGAAUAGGUAAGUGCUGAACCAGUAAGAGGUCUGAACCAUUAAGUGCUGAACCAGUAAGAGGUCUGAACCAUUAAGAGCUAGUAUAUUGCUUAACUAUUCAGAGGCAAAUGUCUGAUCAAUUCAGAUAAGAGCUCUUAACCAUUCAGACUCUGUAUAAU